UUAAAGUUAUUGUUAGUCGGUGUUUGCUCGCACGAUUCGAUUUGUUUUGUAUUAGGUUUCUUGUUGGAUUGUAAAUUAGUUAUAAGCUUUCUAUAUCACUGUUUCCGAUAGGUUCGCUUUACCAUUUACUAUAAUGUGAAUAUUACUGGAAGCACCAAGUAGUGAUACCGGUAUCACUCGUAUCAAUCAUGCCAUCGUAUUCUAAAAAGUCUUCUGCAGAGUGUAUUAUUGACCAGUUUAACGUUAACAAUGCAAAACUAGCUGCUUUUGCUAUUGUUCUGGGUUUUAUUGCGUAUCACGGGAUUCUCCAUCUCAGAUAUGGGCCAGAUUCGUGCACAUGGCUGCUCUCUUCAGGUCGCUACAAGGGUGACCAUGAAUGGCAGCCAUAUGGCUGUAUGCUACAUAGAUAUUCCAAAACUGAUGCUAGGAGGUGUCUCCGGUAUCUUGCAUUCUGGGGGAAAUAUAACUCAUUCGCCUUCAUCGGAGAUUCAAGAGUGCAACAACUAUAUGAGUACUUUAUAGAUGUUUUGAAAACUAAAUACAAUUUGGACAAGUCAUACUCGAUGACUGAGCAUCACACACCAAACCACACCUAUGUAGAUAACAAACUCAAGAUGUCUAUACAAUUUGUUUGGAGCCCUGAUGUGUCCAAAACCAUGGUUGACCAGUUCCGAGCUUGGCAACGCUCAGACAAGCCACCAUCAUUGAUUGUGGCCAGCUCAGGCCUAGAACUCCUUAAAGAUCACAAUACAACAGACCUACUCAUUGAAGAUUACAAAAGGAACCUUACCCAGUUGGUACAAGCCAUAGAUUCGCUCGCAGCGCGUCAAACUCAUGUGCUCUGGAAACUAUUGGAGUCUGUUGAUGGGAGUAAAGUGAAGAAUGAGUACAAGAAUAUUAAUAAUAAUGAUAUUGAGCUUUAUAAUAAGGCGGCUAUUGAGAUCCUAACCCACAGCUCAGCCAAGAUCUGGGGCGCCCCGCGCCUGGUCUCGGCCGGGGCUCCCCCUACCGACGGGGUCACACUCAGCGACACAGCGUUGAGGCAUUCCGCACAGAUACUACUGAACAUGUACUGCAAUGAUCACAUGAACUUCAAUGACGGGUCGUGUUGCGCGCAGCCUGAGUCGUAUACUACGCUGCAGAUGGUCACGUUCGCGAUGUUUUUGUGGUGUGCCAUAUUAGCCUCAAUAAAAGCCGUCUACCAAUGGUCUCAAACCUUCCAGCCGCUUUCGCAGGGCUACGCCCCCGUCGCCCCCCCCGCCUCCGCCGCCCCCGCGCAGCCCUGUCUCAUCACCGCCCUGGCCAAACUAGGCACUAUCAUGUGCUACUUCUAUCUGUGUGACAGGACUAAUUUUUUUAUGAAGGAGAAUAAGUAUUACUCGGAGUGGAGCUUCUGGCUGCCGGUCGGUUAUGUGUUGGCGUUAGGAUUGUUCUUUACGGAGGAUUCUAGGCAUAAUCGAGUUCUGCACAGGGAACAAACAAAUGAAUGGAAGGGGUGGAUGCAAGCUGUUAUUCUGAUAUAUCAGGUGACAGGCGCCCACAAGGUGCUCCCCAUUUACAUGCUGGUCCGCGCGAUGCUCAGCGCGUACCUGUUCCUCACCGGCUUCGGACACCUCUACUACACGUGGAGCAGCGGAGACGUGGGGCUCGUCAGAUACUUCCGCGUGAUCUUCCGUCUCAACUUCCUGACGGUGGUGCUGUGCCUCACCAUGAACCGCCCCUACCAGUUCUACAGCUUCAUACCGCUCGUCUCCUUCUGGUUCACUUUGAUGUUCGUGAUCCUGGCGCUGCCGCCGCACCUGAUCCCGGCGUCGGCGCACACGCCCGAGUCCAAGCCCUACCAGUACUGCUACAUCGCGCUCAAGAUCCUCGGCCUGCUCAGCAUCGUCACCGUGCUCUAUAUGAGCGAGGUAUUCUUCCAAAAGAUCUUCGUGACGCGGCCGUGGAAGGCGCUCUUCGUCAACUCGGACGACGACAUACACCAGUGGUGGCUGCGGUGGAAGCAGGACAGGUACUCAAUGACAUACGGCAUCAUAUUCGGCACGGCCUACCUGCUCGCGCAACGCUACAACCUUCUCGACGACAACAACCACAGCAAUCUGUUCACUCCGGGCCUUUCCUUAAGUGCCACUUUGCUAGCCUUCAUCGGCAUGGGCAGUUACGUCACUUUUACCUUCUUCUGCAAUAACACUUUUGACUGCAACGAGAUUCAUAGCUACGUGGCGUUUGUCCCGAUAGUGAGCUAUAUUCUGUUGAGGAAUGUCAGUGGAGCGUUGCGUACGAGGCAUUCGACUCUGUUAGCGUGGAUCGGUACGUUCACUUUGGAACUGUUUGCCAGCCAGUCCCACAUUUGGUUGGCUGCUGAUACUCAUGGUGUCCUGGUACUUAUUCCUAGCGCGCCGGUAUUAAAUCUAAUCCUGACUUCGUAUAUAUUUAUUUGUACUGCGCACGAGUUGAACCGGUUGACUCGGAUCAUUUUGCCGCACGCUGUGCCAGAUGAUUGGCGGUUGGUUUUGAGAAAUUUCGCAAUUUUUCUAGCGAUUUUGAUUCCGAUCGGCAUCCAUGAUGGCAUGUUCUAAUCGGAAUGUGUGUGUAUAGAAGUGGUAUUUAUUUGUAAAUAGUAUUAUUUGAAUUAAGUUAUGUUACGUAUUCCGUAUUUAGAAAUGUGGAAAGGAGAGAAGCUGAAAUUAUAAAAAAGAUAGCCGUUCAAUGAACGAACUAUUUAUGUACCUAUUUUCUAGUCCAAUUUGUAUACAUAAUUUUAUUAUGAUGUCAAUGGAGGUGUGCAGUAGUAACCUUAUGUAACAGACCAUUUUACGCAAAAAAUACAGCACAAAUAUUUUUGUUCUCCUUGUAUCGCUCAGCACAAUUUAAUGCUAUGCUAAGCUUGCAUAGCAAUUCCUAUUUUACUGGUGGACAUUUUAGUGGCGAUGAUGGACGAAGAGGCUUUGUUCAUAAUAUUUUAAAACGUUGCGGUGUGAUAUUAAGCUAAGUGCAUUUAUAAGUAAGUCAUUUCAAAAGAUUCGUCGAUGAUUAUUUAUUGUAAAUACAUAUAAUAUUUGUGAAUAACUUUAAGUUGAAGCAGUGUAAGUUACAUAUCGUUUUUAAAAGAAAAUAAAGCUAUUAGUACUUACGAAAUG